GCGUGAAUUGAAAGCGAAAGUAAAAUCAGCUGUUUCUGUUUAUGUCUGUAUGAAACGCAUUGUUAUGCUACGAGUAACACGGGAGCUGAAGUAUCUGGAAGAGGGUACAUAUUUCGUCAGCUCAGUUUGAUUUUCUAUAACCAAUACGCAGAUUAAUGCUGACACAUCAGGUUUCCAUACAACACUGCGAAGCGUUUGCAGUCGUAUAUGUCUGUGGAUGGGAAGCAAUUACAGUAAAAUGACUUCUCGACAAUACUACCGCUCUGCAUCAUUUGAUUAUGAAGUAAGGGGCCUUUUAAACUACAGUCUGUCCUGCUGUGUUAAUGCUGUGCUUCAGUCCUUUUCUGCCACCACUGAACUCCUGGACAUACUGAACAAAUGGCAUUCAUCAGAUGGGACUGAUGAGAGGAAUGUCCCAUGGCAGUUGAGGAAUGCCCUGGAAUUCAUGAGGGACAAAUCACAUCCUGCUCCACACGAAGACUUCCUCAAAUGCCUCUACCAUCAAGCCAUCCGACCAUUCACUCAACAUGAUGCAGAUGAAAUAUUCCACCUCAUCCUAAAUCUCAGUCAGGAGCAGAUGUCUGAUGCUGCUGUGGCUCAGGAGAUCCGCAGUCUCUAUGAGAUAAAGGUAGAGACCCAGGUGGUGUGUUCAAAGUGCAAAUUCAUUCACAGAGCACCCAGCUCUCUCUUCAGCCUUCCUUUGGCAAUCUGUGAAGGAGAAAACACCCUGGAAGGCUGCAUCAACUCUUUUUUCCAGCUACAAAAGCUACGGGACAGCGAGAAGUUUAACUGUGAACGGUGUGAUGAAAAGCAGCCAUCCACUAAUGAAGUGAAACUUGUCUCAUUACCUCCGAUUCUGUGUGUCCACUUGAAAAGAUUCAGAAACAAUGGUUUCACCAGGAAACUCUUCAACAAAGUCACCUUUCCUGAAACAUUCAGCAAUGACAUUUUUGCUGCAGGACAAUCAGAAAAUGCUGAUGGUCUCAAGGCUGAUGAGUGUUACAGUCUCUAUGCAGUAGUAGUGCACAUAGGACCUGCCAUGUUUGGUCACUACACUGCUUUCAUCAGGCCAAAUCAGGACAGAUGGUAUUAUGCUGAUGACAGCUGCGUGCAACCAUCCACAUGGGCCAAAGUGCAGGGAACAUAUGGAGGGGCCUAUCGAGACACAGCCUACUUGCUUCUGUACAGGAAGAAGAGCUUGAAUUCAUCUGGAACUGUUGGGAACACUGCAGCACUUAAUGAGCACGAUAUGAAUUGAUGCAGAGUAUAUUCCGAGAUUAGGACCAAAGUCUAUUUAUAUUUUGGAGAAAGGUGUUGAAGAAUGUAAAUCAGUAUAUUUUCAUGUUGAUUGGGGUUUAUAUAGGACAGUAUUUUGGGUAGGAUUAUGCUAUUUUGCCAGAGAAUGUUUUGUGAAAUUUAUGGAUAUUGUUAAAUAAAAAUAAUAAUGUUUUGAAAUAA